CAGAUAUUUCUAUCAAGCUUUGUUCUCUGAUGGCUGAUUUUAUUCGAUGGCCAAUAUUUAGCCUUUUAGAUACAGAAGUUCUUGAUACCAUUAAGCUUGCUUGUGUAUUUGGUAGUUCUGGAAAUGAAGCAAUAUUUGUUACUCAUGAUGACAAUGUAUUUGCAAUUGGUUCAAAUCUCAGCAGCUGUCUUGGCACUGGAGAUUCUCAAAACUGUUUACAACCAAGGAAGGUUGAAUUUCUUUGUCAGAAAAAAGUGUCAUAUUUAACAUUUGGCACUGGGCCACAUAUGAUGGCUUUGACAGAGCAAGGUGAGGUGUACUCAUGGGGACACAAUGCUUAUUGUCAAGUUGGAAAUGGUAACACAAAUCAGAACCCUGUCCACACACCUGCAUUUCUAAGUUCCUUGCAGUCUAAAAAAAUUACACAGAUUGCUUGCGGUAGCCAUCAUUCCUUGGCUCUCACUGGUGAAGGAGAGGUAUAUGCCUGGGGGUACAAUAACUGUGGUCAAAUUGGCUCAGGCUCAAUGACCAACCAGAGUAACCCAAGAAAAGUAACUUCCACCUUAAGUAGCAAAAAGAUUGUAUCAGUAGCUUGUGGACAAACAUCAUCCAUGGCKCUAUCUGAUGCAGGAGAGCUCUAUGCCUGGGGAUACAAUGGAAAUGGACAGCUUGGUGUGGGCAACAAUACCAAUCAACCUUGUCCAUGUCGAGUAAUUGGUCUUGUAGGGGUUGUCAUCACACAGAUCAUGUGUGGUUAUGCCCAUUCAUUGGCUCUGUCUGAUUCUGGAUGUCUGUACUCUUGGGGUGCUAAUUCAUAUGGUCAACUAGGAACAGGCAACAAGACACAUCUAGUGACACCCAACAAGAUUGCUUCUGAUAAAGGAAGGUGUGAACAUUUUCGUACUAUGUUUCAAGCACAUUGGGGCGAGGACGAUAAAGAUGUCAUCGAAAUAACACAAUUCUCGUUUCCUGUUUAUGAAGCUUUUCUCAAGUAUCUUUACACGGACAAAGUGGAGCUGACUCCAGAAGAUGCAAUCGGAUUAUUAGAUCUUGCUAAUUCGUACUGUGAAAUUCAAUUAAAGAAAUUAUGUGAAAAAAUUAUUAAAGAAGGCAUCACUAUCGACAACGCCGCCAUGUUGAUGGCCGCCGCCAUAAAAUACGAAGCCAUGGAAUUGGAAGACUUUUGCUUCAAGUUUUGCGUGAAUCAUCUCACUUUAGUGUCUCAAACCGAUGCAUUCACACAGCUUGAYGACAUUACAAUCAAAGGAUUUAUACAGAAAGCUGGCAAAUAUGGAGCCUUUAGAUAUUGACUACAAUGUGAAUCCCAGAUACAGGGGCGAAUUCAAACUAAUUCAGGAUGGGGUUAGCUCGGGAUGGGGUACAGUCCACUCUCACCUCCUGUCAACGGCUUUCCCCAGGCUUUCUACCCUGACGUACAUAGUUUGUAUCUUAUCUCUUUUUGAGACGUCUUGAGUACUAGUUUAUGGUAUUCAUAAUUUAAUUGUUUUUCUUUUUAGUAGGUAUAUAUUUUUUUUACUUCUCUGUCGUUUGUAAUGUCUUUGCUAUUCUAGGAUUGUAAUAUUUUAUAUAUUCAUAUUGUAGUUUUAUUUUGUCAUUGUUUUUCUUCAAAGUGGAAAAUGCCUCUUGUUGCAAUUAAACGCGAUAUGCCAUCAAUAAAAGGCUUGCGUAAUGUUUGCAA